AUGCCCCCAAUGGUAGACAUAUACAACUCUUCCGCAGGACAAAACGGCUGGCUUUCAAAAGUUGUGAUUAUGGAUUGCCAGCACCUGUCAUUCCCAGACCUAACAUUCACGCACAUAUUCCUGUCAUUUGGACUGCCGAUUAUUGCAGAUCGCGUGGCAGCUGCGGCGCAAGAGUUCUACACAAUGAAGACAGGAGGGACGGCAGUUACGGCAUUUUGUUUGAACAUUCCGCAAGGCGAUAUGGCGAGAGAGAUGCGUCACAAGGUCUGGAGAUCGGAUGCUACCGUUACUAUUGAACCCCAUCUAAAACAUAAGGAUCCGAACUUCAACCGCGAGCUUCUCGUCCAAAUGGGUUUCAGAUUCGAAGAUGUGCGGUUGUAUGAGAAAUCGAACAUUCUGAAAGUUGAAGAUAUUUGUGAGUUUGUGUUUGCUAUUUUGAGCGCUAUUAGAGAGGAGGCUGAAGGUUGGACGGAAGAUGAUGACGAGAGGUGGGAUGAAGCCAUUAAAAUUCAUAAGAUGUUGUUAAGCGAGAAGAAGGGGUAUCACGCUGAUGAGAACAGAAAUAUCAAGCUUGGAAUAGUUGCCCAGAUUGCGAUUAUGAGGAAAGAAGUUUAA